AUUACAUUAUUUUCUCUAUUCUCUCUGUAAUAUUUUCAAAUAAUAUAAGAUCAAUAUUAGUAAUAAUGAUUAAUCAAAUAUAAGAUUGUUGGUUUUAGUCUCGCUUAGAAUAAGAGCCUUCAAUUUAAUAAGUCAAAUCUAUACAGAUCCAAGUCAAUAAAUACACAAAUCAAAGAAAAGUUAGUUAAUUUGAGUCAGAAAGCUUUGAUAGUAUAAGGAGUGUUUUCAAUUCAGAUUGUGAUCCAAAACCUAUUUUCGAAACUCAAUCUCGUAUUAGCACAAAUAAUACAAUCCAAAAGAAAUCUAUGAAAAUGUCAAGACUCUUCAAUUCUCAGAAUGUCAAUUAAAUAUUAGCCUAACGAAAAAGGAUUCAGUCCUUUCGAUUGGAUUAAGAUGUACAAAGUUAUGAAGAAGAGGAAAGUCUACCUGAAAAACUAAUGGAUGUUGAUCUUUACUUUAGAUAAGAUGCUAUUGUUUCAGUCUAAAAAAUCCUUGAAACCUAAAGAAAACUAUCGUGA